UUUAGAUUCUUACACAUGCAUGAAUCAGGUUCAAAGAUUGGUUCAAAUCAGUGGCACUUAUAGGACACGAUUAUAACUCGCAAUGAUGAUUGGUUUGAAGAUCAGCCAGGAUCAGAUCAUGUGGAGAAAAAGAUUUGUAAUGUCAGGAACGAAUCAGGAUGAAGGAGAGUUGUAAUGAGAAAAGCAAUGAGGAGAAUCAACUGGGGGUCAUUGUGCUUUUCAUUCCUUCAUUCCUAAAACAUUGUUGACACUCAAACUCUUCUCAACACAAAACAGGCUUUCAAAUCUCAUUUUAUCAUUCUUUGCAUUGCUUGAAUUAUGUCUUUCUCCAACAACACUGCCUCUUCUUCCACCAGCAAAGUUGCUGGCAAAAAACGCGCUCGUGAGGAAUUGGAAAGUGAUAAGAGCGCAAGUCGCCAGACUUCACCUUCUACUGAUGGUCCACCCGCUGACCCAGUGUUUUCUUAUGUACCAUGGGAGCGUCCUACCAGGGAUGGGCGCAGGAUCAAGAAGCUCUUUUUGGAGAGUGAACACUGCAAUUUCAGGGCGCGGACAGAGAGUCCACUCUAUCAGGAUGGGGAUGAAGUGCGACCUCGCAAGUAUCUUUACCUGGAGGGAGGACAAAAACUUGACUUAUACAGUAGACCUAUAAGCCGUGACAAUUUUGACGUAUUCUGGGUACAUGAGCCAUCGUUGUUCAAGCAACUGAGACGUCGUAACCUGAUGUUGGUCAAGGAGGCGGACUGGCAACGGUUAGAAGCGUCAGCCAAGGCAUCACAACAUGCACAGGUUGCUGUCACUUCAGUAGCAACGGAGACGGAAGUUGUGACAGAAACGUCAAGCAGUUGUCAAGAGUCAACGUUGGGGAUGUCAGAACGACAACUCCGAAAGGUUCUCACUGAAUUAGAGUCAGUUGAUGUAGAGUCGCCUCGUAGCAAGCUUUUGCAAGAAAGAGCAGCACUGUUGUUAGAUGUGUGUAGAACCUUUAAACCAGUUGCAGAAUAAAGUGUUGUUUUCAAAAUACAUUUGUUGUUGGUUUUUUUUUUUUUUUUUUUUUU